GCGUCGCUUCCCUCCUAGGUGCUUCGGUUCAGCUCGCGGUUUCCUUCGUUACUUCACUGGGUCCAUUGACUCCAGCGAGUUAAGCUCUAGACCGGUUCUUGGCAGGGUGGAUGAUGCUUGGUGGGCCGCAGUAAAAAAUCGCCCCUCUUUCCCUCAGACGAUCUACAACGAAAUGUCCCCACAGCCACGACCACAAUCUCACACAUCCGGCGCGGACGAGGGCGAUGACGACGACUACACCAAGCGCAUAAAGAACUCUGGCUGUUUUCGGGAACACGAAGCUCUUCAGGACUGUCACUUUAACAAGAAAGAUUGGCGCGCCUGUAAAGCAGAGAUGCUAGCUUUUCGAAAGUGCUAUGAGAGGCACCGGAAGCAACAAUUGGACGAGGGGAAGGGGAGUACUGGCUGGGGUUGAUCAAAAUCUGUAAUCUAUAUCGCUUCGUGUAUAUGUCUGUGCUGCGAUUUCCUGAUACUGAUCGAAUGGACGACAAUUAAGAUAAAAAUUCGCUAAAAUAACUUGC